AUGGACGAGACCUCUUCUCAUCGGACAACAGGCACGCGACCCAAUUUCCUUGUCAUUGUGGCUGACGACUUGGGCUUUUCAGACGUCGGGGCCUUUGGAGGAGAAAUCAAAACCCCCAACAUUGAUGGCCUGGCAUAUGAUGGAGUCAGGCUCACCGACUUUCAUUCCGCGGCAGCCUGCUCUCCCACACGGUCCAUGCUGCUGAGUGGCACAGACAACCAUAUUGCCGGCCUUGGGACCAUGGUUGAGACGAUCAAAGAAUUCCAGAAAGGUCAACCCGGCUACGAAGGAUACCUGAACGAUCGCGUGGCGGUACUGCCCGAACUCCUCCGAGACGGCGGUUAUCUGACUCUGAUGUCUGGGAAAUGGCAUCUCGGAUUGACGCCCGACCGCUAUCCGUCUCGGAGGGGUUUUGAUCGCUCUUUUGCCUUGCUACCGGGUGCUGCCAAUCACUACGGCUGGGAGCCGCAAUUCGACGAAAAACCCCCGGGAAUCCUCGGCCGCAACGGAGCCUUCUACGUAGAGGGUGACACGGUGGUUGCCCUCUCAGAUUUAGGAUCAAACUUCUAUUCCUCCGAAUUCUUCGCGACCAAGCUUCUGCAGUAUCUUGGGGAGCGAAACGGCAAGCAAAAGCGGCAACCGUUUUUUGCCUAUCUUCCCUUUUCUGCCCCGCACUGGCCGUUACAAGCCCCGGAAGAAGAUUGUCGGAAUUAUCGAGGUGUAUAUGACGACGGUCCAGAUGCGUUGAGACAGAAGCGCCUAGCUCGACUGAAGGACCUCGGCAUUAUUCCCCCGUACACGAUCCCUCAUGAGGUAAUCACUCCUGCUGUCGACCGCCCUCUCACUCGAGAAUGGAAUACGUUGACCGAGGCGGAAAAGAAAUUUUCGUCCAGAACGAUGGAGACCUUUGCCGGGAUGGUCCAGAAUAUGGACGCGAAUAUCGGACGGGUCGUCUCGUACCUUCGGUCGACCAACGAACUCGACAACACCAUGAUUCUCUUCAUGUCGGAUAACGGAGCCGAAGGGUUGUUGUUGGAAGCCUACCCUGUGGUGACCGAGAAUAUCUUCGACUACAUUGAUCGAUACUAUGAUAAUAGUUUAGACAACAUAGGUCGGGGCAAUAGCUACGUUUGGUAUGGCCCUCGUUGGGCUUCCGCAUCGACGGCUCCUUCUCGACUCUAUAAAUCUUUCUCCUCCGAAGGUGGGAUUCGAGUGCCGUUUAUCAUGAGGUACCCACCAUUUACCUCAUCUCAAGCGGGGAAAAUUGAUCCUGCAUUCUGCACAGUCAUGGAUAUUGCACCGACCUUGCUAGAUAUGGCCGGAGUCCAACAUCCAGGAACCUCCUAUAAAGGUCGGUCCGUCGUCCCUAUGCGAGGGAAGUCGUGGGUGCCAUAUUUUUCCUCGUCGGAUCACAAGUCCAUUCAUGACGAAGACUCGGUGACGGGAUGGGAGCUCUUUGAUCGGCAAGCCCUUCGCAAAGGCAAAUGGAAGGCAAUCAUGAUCCCAGAACCGUAUGGACCAGGAAAAUGGCAACUCUAUGAUCUGGAUGCGGAUCCGGGAGAAACCCAGGAUUUGGGAUCGAGGGAGCCCCACAAGCUGCAAGAACUUCUCCGGCACUGGGAUGAGUACGUCAAAGACGUGGGAGUUGUGGGCGCAGCACCGCAGUAUGGAGUGCUUCGGAUCGAUGACUGA